AUGGCCAGGGAAGAAUACAGCGUAGUGGUUGAAAUGGACGAUGAUACUCCCAUUUUAAGAGAAGAACUUGAGUUUCAAGAUUUUUCUUCGGGAUCAGGUGUUAAUGGGAAAAUUACCCAAGGCAAACAAACUUCUGCUAGCUCAGGAUUUAACGAUGCAUCGUUUUUUGAGCCACACACAAGUCGGACGGAACAACCAAGGAGCCAACAUCCAUUUUGGGCGGUUGAAUACUAUGCUCAUUACUUCGAUGUGAACACUGAUCAGGUUCUUACGCGUGCGGUAAAGAGUCUUUUUCCUAAAGAAGAAUUUUCUGAGGUGGUUGGGCCUAAUGUCAAUACAGAUUUAUAUGGCCCUUUUUGGAUAUCCACAACUGUAAUAUUCCUACUUUUCGUAACAUCAUCUAUCGCGGGAUCAAUUGCAGCAAUUAUCAAUGGAAAUGAUGAUCAUAGUUAUGACUUUAAAAUUUUGUCCUUUGGUGUUGCUGCCAUUUACACUUAUACCUUCGGGGUCCCCCUCUUUGUAUGGGUUGCUUUAAAAUACUUCGGAUGUAAACCUUCACUUUUAGACACAGUAGGAUUAUAUGGAUAUGGGUUGACCGUGUGGAUUCCAAUUUCAAUUAUCUGCAUUAUUCCUGUUGAAAUUCUGAGAUGGACGCUUGUUAUUACAGGUUUUGCAAUUUCUGGUUUUUUCAUAUCGAGAAACCUUUACUCAGUUUUAUCUACUGCCGAAGCGAAAACCUCCCGUCUAAUUCUGAUCCUCGUGUUAGCAGCUCAUGCCGCAUUUUCGAUGUUGUUAAAAUUUGAAUUCUUUUCUUACUCAACCAAAUUACAUUAA